AUGUGGACUGCAGCUCUUGUUCUUUGUUUGGGAAAUAUUCUCAUCUGCGGAGAGGCCAGUGAUCAGCAUUCAGCGCCGUACUCUGUAAUUGAACUCUCUGAAACGGCAACCCCCGGUCUUUUAAUACGGGGAAAACAGAAAUCCAACAGCUCAAUUCAUCCACCUCAAAUAGCAGAACCAAAAACACCAAACCCUCCUAUGUGCUUAGAGCCGGCUAGAAUCAGAGCCACUUUCAAAUAUGUCAAUACUGUGGUCUCUUUUGUUGUUUUUGUUGUUGGAAUAGUGGGGAAUUCAGCCUUACUGAAAAUCAUAUAUAUAAACAAAAGCAUGAGAAGUGGACCAAAUAUCCUCAUUGCUAGUCUUGCUCUUGGAGAUCUAAUCCAUGUUGUAAUAGACAUUCCAAUCAACACAUACAGGCUCAUGGCAGAAGAUUGGCCAUUCGGUUUGGUAUUGUGCAAGCUUGUCCCCUUUAUACAGAAAACCUCUGUCGGAAUUACUGUGCUGAGUUUAUGUGCUCUGAGUGUUGACAGGUACCGAGCUGUAGUGUCCUGGAAACGAAUCAAAGGCAUUGGCGUUUCGAUGUGGACAGCAAUCGAAAUAACUUUGAUAUGGGUUAUUUCUGUCAUGCUGGCUGUGCCUGAAGUUGUUGGCUUUGAUAUGAUAACAAUGGACUAUAAAGACAAGCAUCUGAGAGUAUGUCUCCUCCAUCCUAUGCAAACCACGCAGUUUAUGCAGUUUUAUAAAUCCUUAAAGGACUGGUGGCUCUUUGGCUUCUACUUUUGCAUGCCACUGGUUUGGACUGCCGUCUUCUACACACUGAUGACCAGGAAAAUGCUGAGGAACACUGAGAAUACAUUAAGUGACUACACCAAACAGAGGCGAGAAGUUGCAAAAACUGUCUUCUGCCUGGUGAUUGUUUUUGCGCUCUGUUGGUUGCCUCUAUACCUCAGCAGAAUAUUGAAAUCAACCAUAUAUAAUGAGGAAGAUCCCAAUAGGUGUCAGCUGCUGAGUGUCUUUCUUGUCCUGGACUAUUUUGGCAUCAAUAUGGCAUCACUCAACUCAUGCAUCAACCCUAUUGCAUUGUACAUAGUCAGCAAAAGAUUUAAGAGGUGUUUCAAGGCAUGCCUGUGCAGUUGGUGUCUACCUCAUCAAGCUGUUACCCAUGAUGAGGCGCAGUCUGUUUUGAAGUCCAGAAUGCAAGAUCACGCCUCAGAGCAGAGCAGCAACAUCAAAGCUCACAAGCAGACUACCACUCCACUAUCUGAACAUGAGAACAAGUUACUGUGUUAA